AUGCCUUUCAUCUCUUCAAGUAUAGUAAGAUCGACAAUCGCCACUGCUAGAACCAGAUUACCCCUUAGUAAUACUCGCAGUACAGUUAAAUUAUCAGGAAUAGGUUUACCUUUCGCUCUAUUCUCUUCUUCAUCUUCAAGUAAAAUGCCUUCUGAUAAUUUCCCGGUCAACAAGAGCGAUGAUGAAUGGCACGCCGUUCUCUCUCCUGAGCAGUUCAGAGUUUUGAGGCAGAAAGGGACUGAGAGACCUGGUUCAUCAGCUCUAGACAAGAAGAACGAUGAUGGUGUAUACCACUGUGCGGGAUGUGAUGCCCCGUUAUACACUUCUAAAACCAAAUUCGCUUCCGGUUGUGGCUGGCCAGCAUUUUACGACACUGUUCCAGGAGCUGUCAUUCGUCACGAGGAUAAAUCAAUGUUCAUGACUCGCACCGAAAUCGUUUGUGCUAAAUGUGGUGGACACUUGGGUCAUGUCUUUAAAGGAGAGGGAUUCCCUAAUCCAGUAGAUGAACGACAUUGUGUUAACGGUAUCUCGCUUAACUUCAAGAAGGAGUAA